UUGGUCUCUUCGGCAGCGUCUUAAGCGGCGGCGGCAGCAGCAGGGAGAGGAGGAGAAGCAGCCCCGGCUAUGACUACCGCAUGUUAAUAGCUGCCGCUGGGUCCCUCGGCUGCUGCUGGAGACAGAGCCUGACUCCGAAGUUGUGCAACUGUGGACUGGGAGAGACAUUUGAACCCUCUUUUCUCUUCGCUCCGCCUUUGCCCCCUCGGCGUGUGUGAAGCGAGGAACCUCAAGGAAGGCGAGCAUUUGGCUCUCGUUUCCCUUCCCCUUUCUCCGAAGCUGUGUGGGAGAAGAAAGGGAAGAGACUUUUUGUUGUUGUUUCCUUGACUGGGGUCUCCACCCUCCUGCUGCUUUCUCUGCGCUUCGAUUCUCCUUCUUAGCCGCCUGUGGUUGGGGGUGUCUGCACAGGGGCCGGCCGGUCUUUUGCCCCGGGCUCAAUGGCUGGAUUGUGGAAACUGCACUCAGGUUGUUGAGCAACUGAUGGGACGAUCUCAGGGACCGGCGGUUACGAAAGACAUGUUUAAUUUGGUAAAUCGGAGGAUAAAAACAUGGAUUUUUAGCAGUUGAAGAGCAAAUUAAGGUUUCAGAUUUGGAAUAUUGGUGUUUCUGUUCCGGAGGAAUUUUUCUUUUUCUUUUUAAUUUAAAGAACAAUCUUCAGUCUUGGAAUACAGAAGAGGAACUAGAAAUACACGUAUUUUGUUCCGUGUUUGAACACUCCUUCCUGAGGAAUACUCCCUACCUGAGUAGACAGCCAUGUGGCCAUCGCAGCUACUAAUUUUCAUGACGCUGUUAGCUCCAAUAAUUCAUGGUGGCAAGCACAGUGAGCGACAUCCAGCCCUUGCUGCUCCAUUGCGACACGCUGAGCGCAGCCCGGGAGGCGCUCUUCCACCCAGACAUCUGCUUCAGCAGCCAGCUGCAGAGCGCACCGCUGCUCAUCGCGGACAAGGGUCCCGUGGAGCUACCAGAGGAGUUCGUGGUCCAGGUGCCCAAGGAGCACAGACUGCAGCCCAAGCUUUCAGCCGUGCCCCAAUUCCGAUGGCUGUGGUCCGCAGAGAGCUGUCCUGUGAGAGCUAUCCUAUAGAGCUCCGCUGUCCAGGAACAGAUGUCAUCAUGAUAGAAAGUGCCAACUAUGGCAGGACUGAUGACAAAAUUUGUGACUCUGACCCUGCUCAGAUGGAGAAUAUCCGAUGUUAUCUGCCAGAUGCCUAUAAGAUUAUGUCUCAAAGAUGCAAUAACAGAACCCAGUGUGCAGUGGUGGCAGGUCCUGAUGUUUUUCCAGACCCGUGUCCAGGAACCUAUAAAUACCUUGAAGUGCAGUAUGAAUGUGUCCCUUACAAAGUGGAACAAAAAGUUUUUCUUUGUCCUGGACUACUAAAAGGAGUAUACCAGAGUGAACAUUUGUUUGAAUCUGACCACCAAUCUGGGGCGUGGUGCAAAGACCCUCUGCAGGCAUCUGACAAGAUUUAUUAUAUGCCCUGGACUCCUUACAGAACUGAUACCCUGACUGAGUAUUCAUCCAAGGAUGACUUCAUUGCCGGAAGACCAACUACAACCUACAAGCUUCCUCAUAGGGUGGAUGGCACAGGAUUUGUUGUGUACGAUGGAGCUUUGUUCUUCAAUAAAGAGCGCACCAGGAACAUAGUAAAGUUUGAUUUGCGAACUAGGAUAAAGAGUGGAGAGGCUAUCAUAGCAAAUGCCAAUUACCAUGAUACCUCCCCCUAUCGAUGGGGAGGCAAAUCUGACAUAGACCUGGCAGUAGAUGAGAAUGGGUUAUGGGUGAUCUAUGCAACAGAACAAAACAACGGUAAAAUUGUCAUUAGUCAAUUGAACCCUUACACCCUGCGGAUCGAAGGAACAUGGGAUACCGCAUAUGAUAAAAGGUCAGCUUCCAAUGCCUUUAUGAUUUGUGGGAUCCUGUAUGUGGUCAAAUCUGUAUAUGAGGACGACGACAAUGAGGCCACUGGGAAUAAGAUUGACUACAUUUACAACACGGACCAAAGCAAGGACAGUGUGGUGGAUGUGCCCUUUCCCAAUUCGUACCAGUACAUUGCAGCUGUGGAUUACAACCCCAGGGACAACCUUCUUUAUGUAUGGAAUAACUACCACGUCGUGAAAUAUUCUUUGGAUUUUGGACCUCUGGAUAGUAGAUCAGGGCAGGCACAUCAUGGACAAGUUUCAUACAUUUCUCCACCAAUUCACCUUGACUCUGAGCUAGAAAGACCGUCUGUUAAAGAUAUCUCUACCACAGGACCUCUUGGCAUGGGAAGCACGACCACCAGUACCACCCUUCGGACCACAACUUUGGGCCCGGGAAGGAGUACCACGCCGUCAGUGUCAGGAAGGAGAAACCGGAGUACUAGCACCCCAUCUCCAGCCGUCGAGGUGCUUGAUGACAUGACCACACACUUUCCAUCAGCAUCGUCCCAAAUCCCAGCUCUCGAAGAGAGCUGUGAGGCUGUGGAAGCCCGAGAAAUCAUGUGGUUUAAGACUCGUCAAGGACAGAUAGCAAAGCAGCCAUGCCCUGCAGGAACUAUAGGUGUAUCAACUUAUCUGUGCCUUGCUCCUGAUGGAAUUUGGGAUCCCCAAGGACCCGAUCUCAGCAACUGUUCUUCUCCUUGGGUCAAUCAUAUAACACAGAAGUUGAAAUCUGGUGAGACAGCUGCCAACAUUGCUAGAGAGCUGGCUGAACAGACGAGAAAUCACUUGAAUGCUGGGGACAUCACCUACUCUGUCCGAGCCAUGGAUCAGCUGGUAGGCCUCCUAGAUGUACAGCUUCGGAACUUGACCCCAGGUGGAAAAGAUAGUGCUGCGCGGAGUUUGAACAAGCUUCAGAAAAGAGAGCGCUCUUGCAGAGCCUAUGUCCAGGCAAUGGUCGAGACAGUUAACAACCUCCUUCAGCCACAAGCUUUGAAUGCAUGGAGAGACCUGACUACUAGCGAUCAGCUGCGUGCGGCCACCAUGUUGCUUCAUACGGUGGAGGAAAGUGCUUUUGUGCUGGCUGAUAACCUUUUGAAGACUGACAUUGUCAGGGAGAACACCGACAAUAUUAAAUUGGAAGUUGCAAGGCUGAGCACAGAAGGCAACUUAGAGGACCUAAAAUUUCCAGAAAACAUGGGCCAUGGAAGCACUAUCCAGCUGUCUGCAAACACUUUAAAGCAGAAUGGUCGAAAUGGAGAGAUCAGAGUGGCCUUUGUCCUGUAUGAUAACUUGGGUCCUUAUUUGUCCACGGAGAAUGCCAGUAUGAAGUUGGGAACAGAAGCUUUGUCCACAAAUCAUUCUGUUAUUGUCAAUUCCCCUGUUAUUACGGCAGCAAUAAACAAAGAGUUCAGUAACAAGGUUUAUUUGGCUGAUCCUGUGGUGUUUACUGUUAAACAUAUCAAGCAGUCAGAGGAGAAUUUCAACCCUAACUGUUCAUUUUGGAGCUACUCCAAGCGCACAAUGACAGGUUAUUGGUCAACACAAGGCUGUCGGCUCCUGACAACAAAUAAGACACAUACUACAUGUUCUUGUAACCACCUAACAAAUUUUGCAGUACUGAUGGCACAUGUGGAAGUUAAGCACAGUGAUGCGGUCCAUGACCUCCUUCUGGAUGUGAUCACGUGGGUUGGAAUUUUGCUGUCCCUUGUUUGUCUCCUGAUUUGCAUCUUCACAUUUUGCUUUUUCCGCGGGCUCCAGAGUGACCGUAACACCAUCCACAAGAACCUCUGUAUCAGUCUCUUUGUAGCAGAGCUGCUCUUCCUGAUUGGGAUCAACCGAACCGACCAGCCAAUUGCCUGUGCUGUUUUCGCUGCCCUCUUACAUUUCUUCUUCUUGGCUGCCUUCACCUGGAUGUUUCUGGAGGGAGUGCAGCUCUAUAUCAUGCUGGUGGAGGUUUUUGAGAGUGAACAUUCACGUAGGAAAUACUUUUAUCUGGUUGGCUAUGGGAUGCCUGCACUCAUUGUGGCUGUGUCAGCUGCAGUAGACUACAGGAGUUAUGGAACAGAUAAAGUAUGUUGGCUCCGACUUGACACCUACUUUAUUUGGAGUUUUAUAGGACCAGCAACCUUGAUAAUUAUGCUUAAUGUAAUCUUCCUUGGGAUUGCUUUAUAUAAAAUGUUUCAUCAUACUGCUAUACUGAAACCUGAAUCAGGCUGUCUUGAUAAUAUCAAGUCAUGGGUUAUAGGUGCAAUAGCUCUUCUCUGCCUAUUAGGAUUGACCUGGGCCUUUGGACUCAUGUAUAUUAAUGAAAGCACAGUCAUCAUGGCGUAUCUCUUCACCAUUUUCAAUUCUCUACAGGGAAUGUUUAUAUUUAUUUUCCAUUGUGUCCUACAGAAGAAGGUACGAAAAGAGUAUGGGAAAUGCCUGCGAACACAUUGCUGUAGUGGCAAAAGUACAGAGAGUUCCAUUGGUUCAGGGAAAACAUCUGGUUCUCGAACUCCUGGACGCUAUUCCACAGGCUCACAGAGCCGAAUCCGUAGAAUGUGGAAUGACACGGUUCGAAAGCAGUCAGAGUCUUCCUUUAUUACUGGAGAUAUAAACAGUUCAGCAUCACUCAAUAGAGAGGGGCUUCUGAACAAUGCCAGGGAUACAAGUGUCAUGGAUACUCUACCACUGAAUGGUAACCAUGGCAAUAGUUACAGCAUUGCCAGCGGUGAAUACCUGAGCAACUGUGUGCAAAUCAUAGACCGUGGCUAUAACCAUAACGAGACCGCCCUAGAGAAAAAGAUUCUGAAGGAACUCACUUCCAACUACAUCCCUUCUUACCUGAACAACCAUGAGCGCUCCAGCGAACAGAACAGGAAUCUGAUGAACAAGCUGGUGAAUAACCUUGGCAGUGGAAGGGAAGAUGAUGCCAUUGUCCUGGAUGAUGCCACCUCGUUUAACCAUGAGGAGAGUUUGGGCCUGGAACUCAUUCAUGAGGAAUCUGAUGCUCCUUUGCUGCCCCCAAGAGUAUACUCCACUGAGAACCACCAGCCACACCAUUAUACCAGAAGGCGGAUCCCCCAAGACCACAGUGAGAGUUUUUUCCCUUUGCUAACCAACGAGCACACAGAAGAGCUCCAGUCACCCCAUAGAGACUCUCUCUAUACCAGCAUGCCGACACUGGCUGGUGCGGCCGCCACAGAGAGUGUUACCACCAGCACCCAGACCGAACCCCCACCGGCCAAAUGUGGUGAUGCCGAAGAUGUUUACUACAAAAGCAUGCCAAACCUAGGCUCCAGAAACCAUGUCCAUCAGCUGCACACUUACUACCAGCUAGGUCGUGGCAGCAGUGAUGGAUUUAUAGUUCCUCCCAACAAAGAUGGGACCCUACCCGAGGGAAGUUCAAAAGGACCUGCUCAUUUGGUCACUAGUCUAUAGAAGAUGACACAGAAUUUGAAACCAACAAAACUGCUAACACCUUGUUGACUAUUCUGAGUUGAUAUAAGCAGUGGUAAUAAUGUGUGUACUCCUAAAUCUUUAUGCUGUCCUCAACAGACAAACACAAACUCUCAGACUUUUUUUUUUUUUUUUAAUGGGAUUUUUAGGUCAGCCCAGGGGAGAAAGAUAACUGCUAAAAUUCCCCUGUGUACCCCAUCCUUUCUUGUCCUUUCCCCUUCAGAUGGAGACUUCAUUAUGUUAAUGAACAAGAUAUGAAGAAAAUGGCACUCAUUGCGGCCUUGUUGAAUUAUGUUGUGUAUGGUUUAACAUCUCUGAUGCUCUGUUACUAAAAUUACAAGGACCUGCUUUUUGAAAGGCCAGAACAGUUGUCUGAAAUUAGUAACAAUGCUGCAUCUAUAUUGGAGUGACGCACAAAUAUAAAAGCAAAGCAAAACUGUAUCACCUAGUGGUUUUGGUCACUCAUAACCUGAAUUCACCACAGCUGGAAUAGCUGUGGAAAACAAUAAAACAACAAAAUUAAUAAUGAAAUGGAGGGGAAUUCUAGAAUUAUAUGCUAAAUGCAUAUUUUAUGAUUUGCUGUAUUAACUGAUGAUAAAACUAAUGGCAGAAAAAAGUUGAACAAUUUCUAUGUAAUGUACAGAUACUAGCAUUGCACAUAUAGUCUGCUUUCUGUUCCUCCAGAAUUUGAGUCCUGUUAAUGUAGUAGGAAAAAAAAAAAAAAAAUUCUUUUUCUUUUGUGCUGGUCUUGCAAGUUUGUCUACCAGUAAGAGAGCAAAGUUUCCUUCCUUUCUUCUCUUUCUUCCUUCAUUUUCUUUUUCUUUCUUUUUUUCUAUUUUGCCUUUUUUUUUUUCCUUUAAAAUUUCACCUGGCAAAAAAAUAAAUAAAUAAAUGAAACUAUCACUUUAUAAGAAUCAUUUUCUAGUAAUGCAAACAAAUUAUUUUUUACAAAAAAAUAAAUAAAAUAAAUAAGACUUCCUUCCCUCACUAUAUAUCUUUAUGCAGUCAGAAUAUUUCCAACAGUGUUUUUUUUUUUUUGCAAAUUAGAGCAGGACAAACUCUUAUGUUUACAGGGCACAUUUGUUGUCAUGCAAAGCGUAUUUGGCAAGCAGUCCAUCACCAGAACACUAGCUAUGAUUCUAGAAGUCAAGAGGUGUCUAUAGAACUAGUGGGGCCUCUGCAUGUGAAAAUGGUUUUCCAUAGGCAUUAAAUGCUGAAUACUCAGUCUGAUCCCCUAGUGGGCACCUGCACUACCAAUUUUUAGAGGAAAUUCACUCCCUUAUAGUAAGAACUGAAAGGUCAAGUUAUUUUGAAGUGAUUUUAAAAAAAAAUUCUUCUGUUUAUUAACAGGAAAAUUUAUUUAUUUGACAGGAUUUUGAGUAACGUAGGAAUACAAGAGGUAAAUUAGCAGCACAUAAUUUUUUUUUAAUUUAUGAUCCAUUUUGUAUGGUCUCAAAGUUGGAUGACCUCAUUACUAAUAUUUGUUGUAAAAGUGAAACUUGUUUGCCAACCAAUAAACAACUGAUUGAGAUUUAGAAGAUA